AUGAUUCUUUCGCUCUUCCGCACGGCAUCCCCUGCGGCGAGGUGCCUCUCGGCCGUCUCCAAAUCUCGUCUGGCGUCGCAAGCCUCUCGCGGCCGAAGAUGUCUGCACGGCGAACCGGCGGCCGGCCAGGACGGCCAGCUGGAGAGCAUCCGCAACAUCGGCAUCAUUGCCCACGUUGAUGCCGGGAAAACGACGACGACCGAGCGGAUGCUGUACUACAGCGGCGUCACCCAGAGAGUCGGAGAUGUCGACUCGGGAAACACCGUCACCGACUUCCUCGAACUCGAGAGGGAGCGCGGCAUCACCAUCCAAUCGGCCGCCAUCACCUUCCAUUGGCCGCUGCCGCAAAACUGCCGACCUGGGGAGGGACCGAAGACGGUCAACUUGAUCGACACGCCGGGGCAUCAAGACUUUCGCUUCGAGGUCGACCGAUGCCUCCCCAUCCUCGACGGCGCCGUCUGCAUCAUCGACUCCGUCAAGGGGGUCGAAGCCCACACCGAACGAGUCUGGACCUCGGCCCGCGACCUCCGCAUCCCCUCCAUCGUCUUCUGCAACAAGCUGGACCGCGAAGGUGCCUCGUUCAAAAAGGCCAUUCUCGAGAUUGGCGCCAAGCUCAAGGGCUGGCCGCUCGUCUGCCAGAUACCGUGGUGGGACAGGGAACAGUUCGUCGGCGUCAUCGACGUCAUCGACCGCGUCGGCUACCGGUGGAGGUCGGAAAGGGACAAGACUCGCUACGGCCCCGCCGAGCUGAGCGAUGCGCUCUCGGCAUGCAACCGGCCGCUCUGGGAGGAGAUGGAGCGGGCGAGACGACGCUUGAUCGAAGGCUUGGCCGAAGUCGACGACGCCGUCAUGGACGAGUUCCUGGCCGAGAACCCGGCGAUUCCGGCGCCGCUGCUGAAGCAGGCCAUCCGACGGGCCAUCCGGACCGGAGACGGCCGCGUCAUCCCCGUCUUCGCGGGCUCCAGCUUCCGUCACAUCGGCGUCGAGCUCCUCAUGGACGCCAUGACGGACUACUUGCCCAACCCGUCGGAGCGGCCCGACGUCGAAGUACGGCUCGGUCCGAGCAGGACCGGACUGGAGAGGCUCCUCGCGGAAAAGGACGAAAGGGGGGGCGGCGGGCGUGGCAACGUGGCCUCGGUCGCCUCCGUGUUCAAGGUGUCGGACCAUCCGAAGGAGGGGCUCAUCAGCUUCGUGCGCGUCUAUCACGGGACGCUCACUCGCAACGCCUCGACGCACAACACGAACCUGCUCGGCCAGGAACGUUCGAUGGGCAUCGUGCAGGUGUCGGCCUCCAAGGUCGAAGACGUGCACGAGCUUUCCACAGGCCAGAUCGGGGCGCUGCGGGGGCUCAAGAAGGCGCGGAGCGGCGACACGCUGGUGACGACGACCAACGGCAAGGCCGUCGUCGAGAGGCUCCGCCACCUGCAGAUCCGGCCGCCCGAGAUCCCGCCCCCGGUCGCGUUCCUCCAGGUCGACCCGUACGGCAACGUGGCGGCGCAGCAGCUGCAGGCGGCGCUGGAGAACGCGUCGCGCGAGGAUCCCAGCCUGCGAUGGAGCCGGAACCCGAAGACGGACCAGUUCACCAUCCAGGGCAUGGGCAAGCUCCACCUCGACGUGUCGGUGCACAACAUGAGGCGGAAGCACAAGUUGGACGCCGAGUUUGGGCAGAUCGAGGUCGACUACAAGGAGUGCGUGACGAGCCCGACACGGCCGCAGCACGCAGUCUUUGACCGCCCGGUCGCCGGCAAGGCCGGGCGGGCCGCCUGCACGGUCGUGCUGGAGCCGAUGGAGGAGCCGCUCGAGCAGGAGGAGGAGGAGAACGGGCGUCGCGGCGGCGGCAUCGAGCGAGACGGCAACCUGUUCGAGAUCACGGUGCCUGCCUCGGGGGGGUCGGGCGGCGCGGCCGUCGACGUCGAGGAGGCGCGGCACCAGCUCCUGAACGGCGCCAUCGCCGGCCUCGCACGGGGCCCGCGGCGGGCCUCCCCGAUGCACGGGUGCCUCGUCAAGGUGACGCUCGACACGUCCGAGGGUGCGCUCGAGAACGCCAGCGGGGGCCACCUGAGCGGCGCGGCGCGGGCCGGGGUGCAGGCCGCUCUCCGCGACGCCUUUGACAGGCGGCAGAUUGGCGUGCUGGAGCCCAUGAUGCUGGCGCACAUCACAUGCCCGGAGGCGGCGGCGGGGACGGUGCAGCACGACAUCACGGCCGGCGCCGGCGGUCACAUCCUCGAGGUCAAGGACCGAUCGGCCGAGUCGGCGGGGGACGCGCUCAUCGACGUGUCCAAGAUUUACGCGCCGUCGGACCCGUACGAUGCGGUGACGUCGCUGCGCGGGAAGACGUCGACGGCGCGCACCGUCGAGAUUGUGGCCAAGGUGCCGUACAAGGAGAUGCUGGAUUACGACGAUCACCUGCGCAGCAAGACGGCGGGACGGCAUUCGAUGACCAUGGCCUUUGACUCGUUUGCGAGAGUCGUCGGGCACAGACAAAAGGGGCUGUAG